AACACAAACAACAACAACAACUGCAGAGCAAACAACAACGUGUGUGCGUUGUCUGGUGCACGUGUGUCGUUAUACAUGCCGCUAAUUUGGAAGAUUGAACUGUAUCCGUGACAUUUCACUCGAUUCGCCAUGGGCCGAAAAGCCAAAUUCGCCGACCCCGAUUACAAGAAGAAGGGCCCGGGCCGCAAAGCCAGAAAGCAAGGCGAGCCAGAGAUUUCUGUGCCAGUCGGUGUAAAUUCAGAUAAGAAACUUACUCGGCGCCCACUUGCACGGAUGAGAAAACGGAACAUUCAAGAGAAGCUCAAGGCUGAACAGGCUGAGGCUCACCGUAUUGAAGCCCAGAAAAAGAGAGAGCUUAAAAACAAACAGAUGAAAGAGGAGCUGGCAGCCAAGGCCAAGAGUGUUGCCCUUCAACAAAAGGGAUCCAAACAGCCUCCGCCCAAGGCCCAGAAAGGCCGGAAGUAUCAAUCUUCAUCGGAAGAGGAGGAAGAAAGUGAGGAGGAUGACCAGGAAGAGGAGGAAGAAUCGGAUGAUGAGUCCGAUGAUGAAGGCAACAAUGUUGUUGGAUUCACUGAUGACAAUAGCUCUUGGCUGAAACCUGUUUUGAAGAAAGGUGCUAAAGUUCCAAAGCUGCAUGAUCAGGAAGGUAGUGAUGAUGACGACAGUGAAGAAGAGAGUGAUGCAGACAGUGAUGAUGAUGAAGAAGAAGAGAGUGAUGCAGACAGUGAUGGUGAAGAAGAAGAGAGUGCAGCAGACAGUGACGGUGAGGAAGAAGAAGAGAGUGAAGCAGACAGUGAUGAAAUGGAGGGUGAUGAAGAAGUUGAAAGUGGUGAUAGUGACGAUAAGGAAACCAGCAUAACUGUACCUAAAAAGUGGAAACCUGGCAAGGGUGAAUCAGUGACAGUUCAAAGUCUUAACAUGGAUUCAGAUGACUCAGAUGAGGAUGAUGAUGACGACUUUGGAGGAGACUCUGAUAACUCUGACAAAGACUCGGAUGAUAACUCUGACAAAGACUCGGAUGAUGAGAAUGAUGACUCAGAUGACAAUGAAGAAAGUGAUGAAGAUAUGCUACCUAUUGAAAAACAAGCUAAGAAAUUGAGGAAGAAGCAAAAGCGUGAUGACAAAUUGGCAGAAGAAGAGCUUCAGCUUAAUGUGGCUAGUCAUGAUGUUUUUGCAUUCCCUUCUGAGGAGGAAGUUAAGAAACCCCAGGACCUGCAAGAUGUUCAGCAGCGAAUGAAGGAUGUCAUUAUUGUACUUAAUGACUUCAAGAAACUGCACGAACCUGGCAGGUCCCGCAGUGACUAUGUAGACCUUCUGCGGCAUGAUCUUUGCACAUACUACAGUUACAAUGACUUCCUGAUGGAAAAGUUAAUGCAAGUUUUCCAACUAUCUGAGUUGUUAGAAUUUCUGGAAGCAAGUGAGGUUCAAAGGCCACUGACUAUACGAGUCAACAGCUUGAAGGCCAGGAGAAAAGAUGUUGCUCAGGCUUUAAUUAAUCGUGGAGUAAACCUAGACCCUUUAGGUGAGUGGACUAAAGUAGGGCUUGUAGUUUAUUCUUCUCAAGUACCAAUCGGUGCUACACCUGAAUACUUGGCAGGCCACUACAUUAUUCAAGGUGCUUCAAGUUUGCUUCCUGUGAUGGCCCUUGCACCUCAGGAAAAAGAACGAAUUCUGGACAUGGCUGCUGCUCCAGGCGGCAAAGCCUCACACAUAGCUGCUGUUAUGAAAAAUACUGGAGUAUUAUUUGCAAAUGAUGCAAAUCGCGACCGCACAAAAGCUAUUGUUGGAAAUUUCCAUCGUCUUGGUAUUGUCAAUAGUGUUGUCACCUGUUAUGAUGGGCGAAAAAUCACAAAUGUGCUGAAAGGCUUUGACAGAGUUCUCUUAGAUGCACCAUGCACAGGAACGGGCGUUGUUUCAAAAGAUCCAAGUGUCAAAUCUAAUAAAGAUGAAAUUGACAUUCAGAGAUGUUGUACGUUGCAAAGGGAACUUCUUCUUGCAGCUAUUGAUGCAUUAAAUGCACGUUCUUCCACUGGAGGCUACCUAGUUUAUUCUACCUGUUCAGUCUUGGUUGAAGAGAAUGAGUGGGUUAUUGAUUAUGCACUGAAAAAACGUGCUGUUCGUCUUGUGCCCACUGGUUUGGAUUUUGGAUCAGAGGGUUUUACUAAAUUUAGACAAUUAAGGUUCCACCCUUCAUUAAAGUUGACCCGGCGAUUCUAUCCACAUACUCACAACAUGGAUGGUUUCUUUGUGGCCAAACUUCAAAAGAUAAGCAACUCCUUGCCGAAGACAGUAGAUAUUGAUGCAAAUGAGGAGGACAGUGGUGUUUAUCAAGUAGAUGCUAUUGAGAAAGAAACUGUUACAUCUGAUGUUAAAGAGGAUGAAGCUCCAGGUACUACAAGUUCAAAGAAGAAAAAGAAUCUAAAGAAAAAAGCCAAGAAGAAUGCAAAGAAAAAGACUGCAACCAGUGAUAACUCCCAGGUCGAAGAAAAGUCGUCACCCACUGAGAAAAAAAUAAAAAAGCCCAAAAAGAAAAAGGAAAGUAGUGGAAAUAAUGGAGGAUCUGAGAGUUCAGUUUCACCAUCUCAAAGUAAAGGUCCUAAGGGCAACAAAAAUAAAGCCAAUGGAAAUGAUAGAAAUGUUCUACUUUCCAAAAAAUCAAAUGGUAAUGCUUCUAAGGUAAUAGCAAAUGGUGUAGCAUCAAAGGGUAAGAGGAAGAAUUCUGGUUCAGUCAGUGAAACAAAAUCACCCAAAAAGAAGGCAAGAAAACAUGUAUAAAGCAUAACUAAUCAAAAAAUAAUUUGACAGUCUUGUACCCCAUUCUGUGAAGUGCAGGGUAUUGUAUACAAUGAAAUACACAUUUUUGUUAAUUUGUUUUGAUAUUGCGAGAUAUAUUUCAUAUUCUUGACA